AUGCAAAUGCCACGGCAAUGUGUAGAAUCAGCUAAAGACCCAAACACUGAGUCAGCUAAAGACCUAAACAGUGAGUCAAAUAUAGACCUAAACACUAAGUCAGAUAAAGACCUAAACAAUGAGUCAGCUAAAGACCUAAACACUGAGUCAGAUAAAGACCUGAACACUGAGUCAGAUAAAGACCUGAACACUGAGUCAGAUAAAGACCUAAACACUGAGUCAGAUAAAGACCUGAACACUGAGUCAGCUAAAGACCCAAACACUGAGUCAGCUAAAGACCUAAACACUGAGUCAGAUAAAGACCCAAACACUGAGUCAGCUAAAGACCCAAACACUGAGUCAGCUAAAGACCUAAACACUGAGUCAGGUAAAGACACAAACACUGAGUCAGCUAAAGACACAAACACUGAGUCAGCUAAAGACCUGAACACUGAGUCAGAUAAAGACCUAAACACUGAGUCAGAUAAAGACCUAAACACUGAGUCAGAUAAAGACCUAAAUACUGAGUCAGCUAAAGACCUAAAUACAGAGUCAGCUAAAGACACAAACACUGAGUCAGCUAAAGACCCAAACACUGAGUCAGAUAAAGACCUAAACACUGAGUCAGCUAAAGACCUAAACACUGAGUCAGCUAAAGACCUAGACACUGAGUCAGUUAAAGACCUAAAUACUGAGUCAGAUAAAGACCUGAACACUGACUCAGCUAAAGACACAAACACUGAGUCAGCUAAAGACCCAAACACUGAGUCAACUAAAGACCCAAACACUGAGUCAGCUAAAGACCUAAACACUGAGUCAGAUAAAGACUUAAACACUGAGUCAGCUAAAGACCUAGACACUGAGUCAGUUAAAGACCUAAAUACUGAGUCAGCUAAAGACCUAAACAAUGAGUCAGCUAAAGACUUAAACACUGAGUCAGCUAUAGACCUACACACUGAGUCAGCUGAAGACUUAAACACUGAGUCAGCUAAAGACCUAAACACUGAGUCAGAUAAAGACCUAAACACUGAGUUAGCUAAAGACCUGAUUCAGAUAAAGACCAAAACACUGAGUCAACUAAAGACCUGA